AGAACAAAUCAAAUAACCUGCGUCUGCGUGUUCUGAUUCUGGUGAACAACACUGCAAUCGGUGGUUCCUUCCUCUUCGAAUGUGAGUGACACAGCAAUUCAAUCAACACAGAGAGAGUGAGAGAGGAAGAAGAUCCCAAAUGUUCAAUCCUAUUGGCUUCUCCAUGGAUUCCAGGGGAUUGCUCUACACCGUCUUCAUACUCAAUUUCGUUUUGGUCUGCCAACUCAUUCUCCUUCAACCUCUCGUCUCCGCAGAAGGUGGAAAAUCUGGAAAUGCUGCUGAGUUGUUUGAGAGAGCAUCACAAAGUAUAAAAGUGAAACAUUAUACUGAGGCACUUGAUGAUCUAAAUGCUGCGAUAGAAGCAGAUCCAACCCUUUCGGAAGCAUACCUUUUCCGUGCAUCAGUUCUUCGUCGGUCAUGCAGAUAUGAACAAUCUGAGAGGAGCUACAAAAAGUUUCUGGAGUUAAAACCUGGAGAUUCCGCUGCAGAAAAGGAGCUUUCUCAGAUGUUGCAGGCACAAAGUGCCCUAGAAACAGCUCAAUCCCUCUAUGAGUUGGGCAACUUCUCAAAAUCUUUGGAAUAUAUUGAUAAAGUUGUUCUUGUUUUUUCUCCUGAUUGCACUAAGGCUAAGCUUCUUAAAGUGAAGUUGUUGAUAGGUGACAAAGAUUAUGAGGGUGCCAUUGCAGAGUCUGGAUUUAUGCUCAAGGAAGAUGAAAAUAAUUUAGAGGCAUUAUUGUUGCGAGGUCGUGCAUAUUACUAUUUAGCUGAUCAUGAUGUUGCCACGAGGCAUUACCAAAAAGGUCUCCGUCUCGAUCCAGAGCACAGUGAACUUAAAAAAGCAUAUUUUGGAUUGAAAAACCUACUCAAAAAGAAAAAAUCUGCUGAGGAUAAUGCUAGUAAGGGAAAGCUAAGGGUGGCUGUGGAGGAAUUCAAGGCUGCACUUGCUGUUGACCCUAACCAUCUUGCACAUAAUGUACAUCUUCAUCUUGGCUUAUGUAAAGUGCUAGUCAGGCUUGGCAGAGGAAAAGACGCCUUGGACAGUUGUAGUGAAGCUCUUAAGAUCGAUGAGGAGCUUAUUGAAGCUCUUGUUCAGAGGGGAGAAGCUAAACUCUUGACAGAGGAUUGGGAGGGAGCUGUGGAGGACAUGAAAUCCGCUGCUGAAAAAUCUCCUCAGGAUAUGAAUAUCCGUGAAGCAUUAAUGAGGGCCGAAAAAGCUUUAAAGAUGAGCAAACGCAAGGAUUACUACAAGAUUUUGGGAAUUUCAAAAACUUCUUCCGCUGCUGAGAUAAAACGUGCCUACAAGAAACUUGCCUUACAAUGGCACCCAGAUAAGAAUGUUGCCAAUAGGGAAGAAGCAGAGGCUAAAUUUCGAGAAAUAGCCGCGGCAUAUGAGGUUCUAAGUGAUGAAGACAAACGUACAAGAUUUGACAGAGGGGAGGACCUUGAAGACAUGGGAGGCAUGGGUGGUGGUGGAGGUUUCAACCCCUUUGGUGGUGGGGGGCAGCAGUUCCACUUCACUUUUGACGGUGGCUUCCCCGGAGGAGGUGGGGGAGGGUUUCCGGGUGGUGGAUUUGGAGGCGGCUACGAAUUUCAUUUUUGAUUGGGAAAGCCAUAUUACUCCUGAUAUUUUGGCAUAGUUGAAGUUAUAAUAGCUUUUGUUGAUUUCCUCAAGGGACCACAGCUAUGAUAUUGACUAAUCACUUGCUAACGGUUGUUGAGGUAGAUACAUAGGUCAUCCCCAAAUGCUUGCAAGUCAUGAAAUGUGCUUUAGGGACAUUUUUCUUUGUGCAGAAGUGAUGGGGUAGGAGUUAGUUAAGGAGACGCUUUUUGAUGUAACCCCAUUUCAUUUUAUGUGGUGGUCGUCACUCUUGCGGAGACUUUGAAUUGUAGCAACCACUGUACUUUUGUUUACAUAUUUAUGUCAAUUGAAUUGCUUCACACAUAA